GGGUCUGUCAAAUAUUCUGUCGAAAGUCUUCCAUUUCCUUUUCCGCGAUUUGUCUUAAGAACACACAAUGCAGAAGCCCAAGAGAGAACCAAUUUCCGCUGUACAAGUUUUCGGCAGAAAAAAAUCUGCAACUGCAGUAGCCUACUGCAAGAGAGGACGUGGUGUGCUCAGAGUAAAUGGACGCCCCCUUAGCCAAGUGGAGCCAAAAAUGCUCCAAGACAAACUUCAGGAACCAAUCCUGUUAUUGGGCAAGGACAAGUUCUCAGAAGUUGACAUAAGAGUUCGUGUCAACGGCGGUGGCCAUGUCUCUCAGAUAUAUGCCAUUCGCCAAGCAAUUUCCAAAGCUCUGGUGGCUUAUUAUCAGAAAUAUAUUGACGAAGCAUCUAAAAAAGAAUUAAAAGACAUUUUGAUUCAGUAUGACAGGACUUUGCUGGUAGCCGACCCAAGAAGGUGCGAGCCAAAGAAGUUUGGAGGUCCAGGAGCGAGAGCCCGCUACCAGAAAUCGUACCGUUAAAUUUUUUAGGAUUCACUUGUGUUUAUUUGUGUUAAAAUACAAAUAAACAACAUUUAUUUCUAGA